AUGUCUCAAGAGUCGGGCCCUCGAAUUGUCAUCUAUUACCAGACUCAGAUUCAUGCCGACGGUUCCGUUUGUUCAAUUCUUCCACUGAUUACGAAACCUAUCACCUUUGUCACUCAUGUAAACGUCGCCGCUAUACAUCUCAAUGACCCACCAGGAAAUAUCACAUUAAACGACCACGAUCCCUCUCAUCCGAGAUAUUUUACACUAUGGGCUGAACUUCGUGCACUACAAGCUAGCGGUGUCAAGGUGCUUGGCAUGCUGGGAGGCGCAGCAAAAGGUUCUUUUUCUCGACUUGACCUUGACGAAGAAACCUUUGAACUGUACUACGUUCCACUUAGAGACAUGAUUCGGGAAAGAGCCCUUGACGGUCUUGACCUGGAUGUUGAAGAGAACAUGACGCUUAAUGGUAUAAUUCGGCUAAUCGAUAGACUCAGAACAGAUUUUGGGAAGCAAUUUUUGAUUACUCUCGCACCUGUCGCGGCUGCUUUGAUAUCUGGGAAUCCGAAACAUAAUCUUAGUGGCUUCUGCUAUGAAGCACUAGAGGUGAUGAGGAGCUCAGAGAUUGCAUGGUAUAAUACACAGUUCUAUUGCGGUUGGGGUGACUUAUCAUCAACUGCUGGGUACGAUGCAAUCAUAGCUCGUGGCUUUCCCAUUAAUAAAAUUGUUGUCGGCAUGGUGACGAAUCCUGCUAACGGCAGUGGAUGGAUCUCUUCAUGGAAACUACAAAACCUCCUCUUAGCCCUACAGCUUCGAUAUCCAAAAUUCGGUGGGGUCAUGGGAUGGGAAUAUUUCAACUCCCUUCCUGGUGGCACGCAGAAACCCUGGGAGUGGGCAACUUUAAUGACCAGUUUUUUGAAAUUAAAUCCAUCGACUUCAAGUGUGGAUCAUGCAUCCGAAUCUUCUCUUUCUAAACCUAGAACUCUGCAUGCAAAUGAUGAAUCAAAAACGGAAAACAAAGAAUAA